UUAAGUGUUGUCCGCGACGGUCAUAAAAUUCCGUUCGUGACUCUUUCGCCUCUUAAAGUCAUUCCUAACAAUCUCUCUGCCGUUACCUAUAGUCAUUUUGUUUCUGAGGCUAUUUCCGACUUGUCAAGAGCUAAGUGUGUUGAUAUUCUGGAUCGCAAGCCGGAUAUUGUUAAUCCACUUUCCAUUUCCAUUCAGCCCUCAGGAAGAAGAGAUUAAUUCUUGAUUUGAGACAUGUUAAUCUGUAUGUUUUUAAUGCGAAGACGUAUCAGUUGCCCUUCAAAUUUUAUCUGAGGGGUUUUUACUUUUCAAGUUCGACCUGAAGUCCGGGUACCAUCACGUUGAAAUUUUUCAUGAUCACCGUAAAUACUUAGCUUUCUCCUGAGAUUUGGCGAUGAUGUUGUGAAGUAUUUUCAGUUCACAGUUUUACCUGUCGGGCUGUCAACCGCACCGUAUUUGUUCACCAAAUUAUUAAAGCCUAUUCCUACUUCAUGGAGGUGCAAAGGAAUUCCCAUGGCUAUUUUUCUCGAUGCCAGCUCAGGGGGUGGUAUCAAUUCUAUCACGGCCAAAAUCAACAGUUUGACAGUUCGCGCUGAUUUGACUUCGUACGGCUUUGUUAUUAACGAAGAGAAGUCCCUUCGGGAGCCUGUUCAAGUUAUUUCCUGGCUCGGCACUGUUUUUGAUACUUAUCAAUGUCUUAUUUCGGUUACCGAGCGAAGGUUUUCAAAGCUAAAGAGUAGCAUUGAUCUCUUACGUAAGGAUGACUGUAAAAUUUUCAAAGUUAGAGAUGUAGCAUCUGUGGUAGGCCAAGUCAUCUCGCUCACUCCUUGUGUUUGA